ACAAUCAUAAACCCCAAAACACCCAAAAGAAAAGAAGCGUCCAUUGCAGAAGCAGCCAUGGUGUCUGAAAAGCUUCACCAAUGGAAGGAGAGGAAGGUUUGUGUGAUAGGAGCAGGCCCCUCAGGGCUAGUGGCAGCCAGAGAGCUAAGAAAAGAAGGCCACAAAGUUGUUGUCUUUGAGCAAAACCAUGACAUUGGUGGCCAAUGGCUCUACGACCCACAUGUCCAAAACGAACAUCCUUUAGGCAAAGCAUCCAAUUUCCUUAAUGUUCAUAGCAGUGUUUAUGCCUCUUUAAGGAUCGCUUCACCCAGAGAAAUCAUGGGGUUUUCUGAUUUUCCAUUUCUUGUCAAGAAAGGGCGUGACACCAGAAGAUAUCCUGGCCAUAAAGAGCUGUUCUUGUAUUUGAAGGACUUUUGUGAUUGGUUUGGAUUGAGAGAGCUCAUAAGAUUCAAUACCAGAGUUGAAUAUGUGGGAAUGUUGGAUUAUUCUGAUGAUGAUGUUCAUGUUCACAAUCAUCAUGAUCAUGUUGGAAAAGAGAUUAAAUGGGUCGUCAGAAGCAGAGAUAAAACAGGGGAUGAUUAUGAUAAGAUCUUAGUUGAACAAGUUUUUGAUGCUGUUGUUCUUGCUAAUGGACAUUAUUCUCAUCCAAGAUUGCCCAAUAUUAAAGGCAUGGACAAAUGGAAAAGAAAGCAAAUUCAUAGCCAUGUUUAUCGCGUUCCCGAGCCGUUUCGUGACGAGGUAGUAGUGGUGGUGGGAAGCUCUCAAAGUGGGCAGGACAUAUCGCUGGAGCUAGUGGAAGUGGCAAAAGAAACUCAUAUAAGCACAAGAUCAAUGGAUACCAUCACUGAGGGUUUAUCCAAAGUCAUCCAAAAACAUCAAAACUUGCAUCUUCAACCACAGAUUGAAUCUCUUGAAGAUGAUGGUCGGGUGCUGUUCGUUGAUGGGUCCUCCAUCGUUGCUGAUACCAUUCUUUAUUGCACUGGGUAUUCAUACUCAUUUCCGUUUCUUGACACCAAAGGAAUAGUUGUUGUGGAUGAUGAUCGAGUGGGUCCGUUGUACGAGCAUACCUUUCCCCCAUCCUUGGCUCCCUCGCUUUCGUUUAUUGGCAUUCCAAGAAAGCUCAUAGGCUUCCCUUUCUUUGAAUCACAAGCAAUAUGGAUAGCUCAACUGCUGUCUGGGAAAAGGACAUUGCCAUCAUGGGAUGAUAUGAUGCAAUCCAUCAAAGAGUUUUAUCACUCAAGGGAUGUUGCUGGCAUUCCAAAACAUAAUACCCAUGAUUUAGCUGAUUUCGAGUAUUGCGACAAGUACGGUGAUAAUGUUGGAUAUCCGCAUUUGGAGGAAUGGAGGAAGAAACUGUGCUUAUCGUCUCUUAUAAAUUACUUUACCGACCUCGAAACGUUUCGUGAUUCGUGGGACGACGAUGAGGAUCUUCAAGAGGCGUUUCAAAGUUCUCAUUUCGCUCAAGUUCUUCCUCAAUAAACAGAAACUAUUUAUCAUGUAAGAGCUUCAAGAAUCAAUUCUAUUUUCAUUUUUGUUGUUCAAAUUGUAGUAUCCAAAUUAAAGACUCAGAUCAGUUUCCAUAGUGU